AUGUCUACUCUUGGUAAGUCAGGGUUUCGAUGCUACCGUGGCUGCAAUGUGCUCACAAGUAACAGGUCCCGACACACACCCUUGCACAGCGUCAAGGUAGUCAUCAUUGGUCAAGAUCCUUACCACAACCACAAUCAGGCCCAUGGUCUCUGCUUUUCCGUUCGAGCCCCCGUGCGAGCCCCACCGUCAUUACUCAACAUCUACAAGGGGAUCAAAAACGAUUAUCCCGAGUUUGAAGCACCGCCCGAUAAGGGUGGUCUAUUGACUCCCUGGGCCGAGCGCGGUGUCCUCAUGCUGAACACAUGUCUUACUGUCCGGGCACACCAGGCAAAUAGCCAUUCCAACAAGGGCUGGGAGAAAUUCACACAGAAGGUCAUCGAUCUAGUUGCGCGAGUCCGAACCAACGGUGUCGUCUUCCUUGCUUGGGGAACUCCUGCUGGAACAAGAGUUGCGAAAAUCAGCAAGCAAAAGCAUUGUAUCCUACAAUCCGUGCACCCCAGCCCCCUCAGUGCGCAUCGUGGAUUUUUCCAAAACGCGCACUUUAAGAAGUGUAAUAACUGGCUGGCUGAACGGUAUGGACCAGAUCAGAUCAUCGACUGGAAUCUAGUGCCGAGCAAGAAGCCGACCUGUAUCUCCGACAAGGAGAACCUGAAUGCUUCAACCAACCAGGCGCCCGUUGAACCUAAAAUUGCGAAGGUCGAAGCUAAGCCCCCGGUGGAUGAGUUCGACGACGAUGAUGCGAUCCAAGCUCUCGUCGAGGCUGAGGCCUGUUCAAGUCCUGUCUAG